UCGAAUAGAAGAACAAAACCAAAUUUUUCGGAUGAAAGUAUGGAGGAACCUUCAAAAAUGAAACAUUCGCAAUUCUGGAAUAAUUUUAAAGAUAUUGGCGGUAAUAGAGUAGAAUGCAAACACUGCGCCGGACAAAUGAAAAGAUGUUCUGCGUGGAGUCAUAUCAGAAAUUCACAUAAAGCUAUUCGCGAACAUGAUGUAUAUUUUUGUUUAUUUUUAUAUUAUAGUUUAAAAUAA